CCCGCUGCAUCUGGGGGGCUGUGAGCUCCCCCGACAAGGACAGCUGGUUUCCUUUGCAUUUUGUUAUUUAUUAAUUUGUUGGGUAAAGAGGUCUGUGGGCAUUUUCUGUGGCUCAGGGUGUGACACACAUUCUGGGGCCCAGCUGCCCUGAGCCCAAGGACACCGACCAUGUAGGUAGGCUGCAUCCCCGGGCAGUUCCAGCUUUGCUGCCUGCAGAGUCACCUGGGAGGGCAUCUGCCGUGGAGGACCCUGCAUGGCUGCAUGGCACCAUCCCACUCUGAGGCGGCCCCUCGUUUCCGUGGCAAAGGUUGCAGCCUGGUUUCCUGCCGAGAUUCAAAUGCACCAGCCCUGGGAGCAGCCUUGUCCUGCAAAGCCAGAGGCCUGAGGCUGCCCAUCUGUCGGCCUGGCACGGGGCACAGGCUGGGUUAGCAGGUCGCAUCCUCCACGUGCAGUGGGUUGUACCCACCUCUGUCGGCCACGCCUGGCCUCAGUGCCGUGGACACCCCAGCCUGCAGAGCCCGGCGCGGUUUGCUCGCAGCAGUGGACGCCGUGCAUGCAUUUGGCCCACUGUUCUGUUUGCAUCGCAGACAAGCUGCCUCCACUUGAGACUUGGAAGGGUUUGCCAGGGCCCUGGGUUUCCAGCUUAGAACCUGGAGGGCCAGCUGCUCCUUGGCCACGGCUGUCUGAGGGUUUGUGGGGAGCCAGGGCCUCCGUUUCCACAUACCUGGUGUCUCCUGCUCCUGACAGCCAAACACGUUCCCAGAGCAUCUGCAGAAUGUCGAUCUAGGGUGGGGGCAGCCCCAUGCCAGGGCGGGGCAGGGGCUGUGAGCUGCGUUUCUAACCCACGGUGCCCUGCACAGCUGCGGACGCGGAUCCCAGAGCCACCAGCUCUUCCUGCUGCUUCCGACCCUGGGCAGGCGGCGAGGGGGUGGGUGUCAGCCACAAGCUGCUCCCGGGCCGCCCCAGCAUGUUUCCUGCAAGCCCAGGAAGUGUUGGGUGGGAGGAAGGGGCUUCCUGGAGCCCAGAAGCCUGGGGAGGAUCAGUCACUCCUUCCUACCUAACAAACCACCCUGAAACUAGUGUGAAACCACCACCAACUUCUGCCCCCAGUCUGCACGUGGCUCCCCACGCCAUGUAGCCUUCCCUGCAGUGUGGACUCGGGGCUGUGGGGCAGAUGUCCCUCCUCCCGGCCAGGCCGCAUGUUGAAGGCCCCCCUUUCGCCCCACAGGCUGCCCCACUGACUCGCAGAGGCCUUCCCUGGUACCCGGGUCUGCAAGCAGCUGAGACCUCAGCCCUGGAGCGCGGCCUCCCCUCUAGCCUCGGCGUCCUGAGCUGCCAAGCGGGGAUAGCAGGGUUGCCCGUUGAUGUCCAAAGGUCAGACAAACCUUUGUAACACGACGCCGCACGUCGGCAUCACCUGUGACCGCUCCCCUCGUUCUCAGUUGCUCCUGGCGGCACCUCCUGGGGUGGCCUGAGGGUGAUAGGCGAGUGGGUUCUCUAACGGGGCCGUUCUUACUAAACACAUCCCUGGCCUCAUGUACCCUCUGGGUGAAGGCGGAACAGGCCAGGGGGCCGGGGGCUGCCACCAGCACAGGGCGUGAGCCCACUUGCCCCUCGUUGGCCUCUGGUUUAUUGCUCAGGAGAGGGAAGAGAACCCAAGUCGACACCCACGACCGCAGCAGGGGCUUGAGCUGGAGUUGGCUGCAGCACCUCCUUGUCCUGGUUCUGUCUCCCCCACCCACAGGUGCAUAAUUAGGACCCCCAGACACUCCAGGCACCACCCCGGACCUGUGGGAGCCCUCCUGGCAGGAGGGCCCUGAGGUGGGGGGCUCCUGGACUCUUGGGGGACCCUCAGAGGUGGGGGCAGGAGGUCGGGGUCUGAGAGAAGACACCGCUGCUGGCCUUGCACACAAGGGUCCCCAGGCCCAGGAGCCUCCAGGAGCCGGGAAAGGCCAGAAGCAGGGUCUCCCUGGAGCCCCAGGGGGGACCGGCCUCGUGAGGCCUAUGUCAGACUCCCAAUCCCCAGGACUGUCGGAGAACAGAUGUGUGUGGUUUCAGGCCAUCGCACAGCGGUCAGAGCACAGCCUGGGCUCGGCACCUGCCUCGUUCCCAGUGACCCCCUCACCAGCACCCGGGCCCACAGGCCCACCUCCCACCGGCUCCGAGCCCAGCAGAGUGUAGGGGCUCUUUUUUUGAAAGUUCCCACCGAAAGCCGGCAUGGCUCAGCUGCCCUCCUUGGAACUGGCUGGAAGGGGAAGGGGAGGGCUAGUGGAGCCCCGGAGAGGGCCCACAUGACAGGUCUCAGCUCGCCCGGCCCUGCCCUCCACGCAGCGGGGUCCUUGGCACCCCAGGUCUUGAGAAGCAUCCUCGUCCACACCUGCCCCUCAGUGGACCCAGCCCAGGUCUGCACCAGCUGACAGACGGGGCAGCGGGGGCCUGUUCCCAGCACGGGGAGCACUCAGCAACAAAGAGGAGCCAGAACCAUCCUCGGGGUGAAAGCCAGACGUGGACGGGGCGGCCCACUUGCAGCAGCUUUUCUAGAGCUCGGCUGCAGCCCAGAAGCGAGAUGAGCGGUUCUCGGGGUGCACGGAGGCAUGCGAGGGAGGCCUGGGGCCGCAAGGUCAUCAGAGCUCGCCGCAGAGCAUUUAAGGGCUGUGCUCAUCACUGCACGUGAAAGGGCCAAAGGGCGGCAGCAGCCGGGCGUCCCCGCAGGUGGUGGGAAAGUGCAGCCAUGAAGUUCCGAUGCGACCACACGGAGGCACCUCGGAGACGUUCCACGUGGAAGGACAGGUACCCACCGUCCCACUGGCGUGCGGCGUCUGCAGCGAGCUCGUUCGAGGACCAGGAGCAGCUGCAGUGAUGGGGGCCAGAGGUGGCUGGCAGCGGGAGAAGUGAGGGCAGCUGCAGAGGGGACGAGGAAGACGGCAGGUGUGGGGGCCCCAGGCCUGCCCCGGUGCGGCUCUGGAGAGCAGGAUGGACCCCCGCUGGCCCCUGCUGCUGCUGCUGGCCCUUCGUGAGCUCUCGGCAGGCCACUCGUCGGAGGCCGAGAUCAUCGGGGGCCGCGAGGCUGCCCCCCACUCCCGCCCGUACAUGGCCUCGCUGCAGAGAGCACAGGCCCACCUGUGCGGCGGAGUCCUGGUGCACCCCCAGUGGGUGCUGACGGCUGCCCACUGCCUGACCCAGCCGACGGAGCAGCUGCGGCUGGUGCUGGGGCUCCACGUCCUGGGCGGCCCCAGCGUCCCCUUCCACAUCGCCAAGGCCGUCAGCCACCCCGACUACCGCGGGGCCCCCAAGCUGCACAACGACCUGGCGCUGCUCAAGCUGCGCGGGAGGACGCGGCCCAGCAGGACCGUCCGGCCCCUGGCCCUGCCCCGCGCGCGCCGGGUGGUGGCGGCGGGGACGCGGUGCAGCGUGGCCGGCUGGGGGCAGACGCGGGCGAACGGGCCGCCGGCGAGGGCCCUGCAGGAGCUGGACGUGCGCGUGCUGGACGUCCGGAUGUGCAACAACAGCCGCUUCUGGCACGGGGGCGUCACCGGGCGCAUGGUGUGCCUGGCGGCCGAGGCCGGACACCGCGCGCCCUGCAAGGGCGACUCGGGGGGACCCCUGGUGUGCGGCGAGGGCCUGCUGGCCGGAAUCCUGUCCUUCGGCCCCAACGCCUGCACCGACGUCUUCAAGCCAACUGUGGCCACAGCCGUGGGCCCCUACGUGUCCUGGAUCAAGAAGACCGUCCACCACUGGUGGUCCCGGGGGCCCCCGAUGCCCCCCGCCUGGUCACCCAGGGUGGUGGGGAGGGGUGAGGGGGCGCGAGGGGACGGAAAAUUGCAAUAAAGGAGCUGUCCCAGCCUG